AGCAUCAGCAUCUCGCCCCUCCCUCCUGUUUUGCUCCUUCAUUCUCUCGCAUCCGCGGAGGCAGCAGCUGCUUCUGCUGAGCUGCAAUGAAUGAGGCUCCCGCCCGGGGAGCCCGGAGCCUUGCCCGGCCGCGACGCCGCCUGGAACCGCCGGUGGGUCACCUCGGGAGGAGGCGCGAGCACUAGGCGGGCAGCCAGGCAGCCAGCUUGCCCCGCGCGAAGGUAGGAAGCGAAGCCAGCCCGCCAGCCAGCCCCCUCGCUCCAAAACAAGAGGGGAGGGCUGAAGACCUCCCCCCCCAGCCCUGCCCAGCCUUGCCCAGCGGAGGGAUGCGCCAGGAUGGGUGGCCCAGGGCGCUCCAGGGCUGCGGCGGGAUGCCCAGAGCGGGUCACGCCUAGCCGCAUCCAUUGUGCCCAGCGAGGGGACUGCUAGCCGCCGCCACAGCCUCCUGUCAGCAGCGGUGCCAGUGUCGCAGCAGCAGCCCGAGGGAGGAGAAGCCCCCAUGCCCAGCCCGCCCCCCUGACAGCCACAGGUCGAGGGGGAGCCCGCCAGGGGCAAGGGAGGCGCCAUGGCCACCCGGCCGCCCAAGAGCAGCGAGGCCCUGAAGGUGGUGGUACGCUGCCGGCCGAUGCACCGGAAGGAGGAGGCGGCAGGCUACGAGCGGAUCCUGGACCUGGACGUCAAGCUGGGGCAGGUGACCAUCCGGAACCCCAAGGCCUCCCCGGGGGAGCUGGCCAAGACCUUCACCUUUGAUGCCGUCUACGACGCCAGCUCCAAGCAGGCCGACCUGUACGACGAGACCGUGCGCCCGCUGAUCGACUCGGUGUUGCAGGGCUUCAACGGGACCAUCUUUGCCUACGGGCAGACGGGCACGGGCAAGACCUACACCAUGCAAGGCGCCUGGGCCGACCCGGAGAAGAGGGGCGUCAUCCCCCUCUCCUUUGAGCACAUCUUCACCCACAUCUCCCGCUCGCAGAACCAGCAGUACCUGGUGAGGGCCUCCUACCUGGAGAUCUACCAGGAGGAGAUCCGGGAUCUGCUGGCCAAGGACCAGAGCAAGAAGAUGGAGCUGAAGGAGAACCCGGAGACCGGCGUCUACAUCAAGGACCUGUCCUCCUUCGUGACCAAGAAUGUCAAGGAGAUUGAGCACGUCAUGAACCUGGGCAACCAGGCGCGCUCCGUCGGCAGCACCAACAUGAACGAGUACAGCUCCCGCUCGCACGCCAUCUUCGUCAUCACGGUGGAGUGCAGCGAGGAGGGGCCCGACGGAGAGGACCACAUCCGCGUGGGGAAGCUGAACCUGGUGGAUCUGGCCGGGAGCGAGCGCCAGAGCAAGAUGGGCACCCAGGGGGAGCGCCCCAAGGAGGCCUCCAAGAUCAACCUGUCCCUCUCCGCCCUGGGCAACGUCAUCUCGGCCCUGGUGGACGGCAAGAGCACCCACAUCCCCUACCGGGACUCCAAGCUCACCCGCCUGCUGCAGGACUCCCUGGGCGGGAACGCCAAGACCAUCAUGGUGGCCACGCUGGGCCCGGCCUCGCACAGCUACGACGAGAGCCUCUCCACGCUGCGCUUCGCCAACAGGGCCAAGAACAUCAAGAACAAGCCGCGGGUCAACGAGGACCCCAAGGACACGCUCCUGCGGGAGUUCCAGGAGGAGAUCACCCGGCUGAAGGCCCAGCUGGAGAAGAGGGGGAUGCUGAGCAAGAAGAGGAGGAGGAACAGCCGGAGGAAGAAGUCGGCCGGAGGGGAAGGGACCCCCGAGGCGGAGGACGGGGAGGAGGACGGGGGUCUGGAGAAGGACAUGAAGAACUACCUGAAGGAGCAGAAGGAGAGGCUGGAGGAGGAGAAGGCAGCCAUCCAGGACGACCACAGCCUGGUGAGCGAGGAGAAGCAGAAGCUGCUGCAGGAGAAGGAGAAGAUGAUCGAGGAGCUGCGGAAGGAGCAGGAGGCCACGCAACUCCUGGCCACAAAGUAUAAGGCGAUGGAGAGCAAGUUGCUGAUUGGCGGAAGGAACAUCAUGGACCACACCAACGAGCAGCAGAAGAUGCUGGAACUGAAGAGGCAGGAGAUUGCAGAGCAGAAGCGGCGGGAGCGUGAGAUGCAGCAGCAGGUGCUCUUGCGGGACGAGGAGACCAUGGAGCUGCGGGAAACGUUCACCUCCUUGCAGCAGGAAGUGGAGAUCAAGACCAAGAAGCUGAAGAAGCUCUAUGCAAAACUCCAGGCUGUGAAGGCUGAGAUCCAGGACCAACACGACGAAUACAUCCGCGUGCGGCAAGACCUGGAGGAGGCACAGAACGAGCAGACGAGGGAACUGAAGCUCAAGUAUCUGAUCAUUGAAAACUUCAUCCCCCCCGAAGAGAAGAACAAAAUCAUGAACCGCCUUUACUUUGACUGCGAGGAGGACCAGUGGAAAUUCCAGCCCUUGGUGCUCACGCCAGGAAGCAGCAGCGGGAGCGGAAGCAACAGCCCCACCACCACCACGGCCACCCAGAUGAAGAAGCGGCCAACCUCCGCCGUGGGGUACAAGAGACCCAUCAGCCAGUACGCUCGCCUGGCCAUGUCGAUGGGCUCCCAUCCUCGGUACCGGGCUGAGAAUAUCAUGUUCCUGGAACUGGACGUCUCCCCGCCGGCCGUCUUUGAGUUUGAGAUCACACGGGACCCGAGUGAGCACGAUCCACGGGCCCUGCACCUGGAGAGGCUCAUGCGUCUCGACAGUCUCCUGGAGCGACCGGCGGCGUCGCGAGUGCGGAAGUCGCGGUCUUGGUGCCAGGCUCCUCGUUCCCUGCCGUCGUCGACGACGCACGUGUCCCUUGCCUCCAGCUCACAGAACGCUGCCACAGCACUGGCUCACGAGUAACAAGGCCCCGUUGGCCCUCCCUGGCCCUUCCUUUCGCACAUGGAGGAUGAGGCUCCUUCUCCCGUCACCUGCUGCCUCGGAGGACACGUGGUCCAGGGAGAGGGGUCCCCCUGCACUAACUCAUCUUUGUCCUUAGCUACUUCUUGUGUGUGUGUGUGUGCGUGUGUGUGUGUCUCUGUGCAUCCAAACGGGAGGAUGGUUCCGGGGGGCCCGUCCCCCCGCUCUCUCUGGACUGUCGCUCUAUUUAUUUAACAUAUUUAUUUAUGAUGUGUCUUUGUACGGAUGCUGGGGGCGGGUUCUUCUUUGGGGCCAAGCAGCGUCCUCAGUGCCAGCUGCUCCCCUGGCAAUGUUGGGGCAGCCUGGCACCACGCACAACCUUCCUAGAAGGCGGACUCUUGCUUUUUCUUCACCCUGUCGACGUUCUGAGCUCAGUACGGACACCUGUUUGGGGCAGGCGGAGCCCAAACCAAUUGCACUCGGCUCCCAGCCCCCUCUGUUCCCUCGGAAGAAGUCGCUGCCUCCUUGCAGUGUCCCCUAUGAGGAGUGUUUGGUCGGUGCUGGCAGAGCUCGGAGGCAGGAUUCGACCUCCUUGCCAGCCACGGAAUCCUCUCUGCUCUCGCACCAAGACCAUCGGCUUCGCCUUGCCUUCUGUUCACCCAGCCAAAAAACACACCAAAUGGCUCCACGCUGCACAGCGAGAGCCUGAGGACUGAUUAUGCAAGCAGAUCUGUGAGCCGUGAUGCUACGAGACCUUCUCACCAGCACCACUGGCUGGGGGCCCCCGCUUGACCCACCAAGUGACUGCAAUGGCCCACAUGGUGGACAUGUUGCAUAUUCCCUCUCCAGGACAGGAAUCAUCCAUAUUCUGACUGGGAAGAGACGUCCUGAAGUCAAGAACCAAGCAUGUGCCUCACAUGGGGAGAGAGGAGAGGGCCCCGCUCCCCUGAGAGAGCAGAGGGAAGGGCGCCUCUUGAGUUUUGCUCGAAAUUCAUGGCUCUCUCAACGGGGACAGGCAGCUUUGACGCAGCGUCCAGCUGCUGGCAAGGACCUCCUGGGGCCACGUUGAGGUCAGGAGGGGAAGGCAGAGAAAUCAAAGAGAAAGGGAGGGAAGGGCAAGGCGGAAUAAACACCCCGCCACCACCAAACCCGACCCUCACGCCCCCGGCCUUUUCCUCAUGGUCAGUGUCUCUCUGCAUAAGUGGCCCUUUGGCUUCUAGUCAGUUAGCUUUGUGGCUGCCCCUAAAAUUGGCCUGGGAAUUUCCUAGAAAUAAGCAAAACUCUGGUUUCAUCUGCUUUCUCAUGGGGAAACCACUCUUUAGUGCUCAAUCGGAACCAACGGCAAUCUUCUUGUUCCGAUUUGAGGCUAAAGAGUGGGGUUUUUUCCUGGGAAAGGAGAGGGAAAUGGCUGAGACUUUGCUUUCUAGGCAAACAGAAGUGUUGAUGAGCCUUCUCUCUGGGGGAAAGUCCGCAGGCUGCAUUUAGCUAGGGGAGAUGGAGAGCGCUUGUUGCCUGGUGUGAUAGUUGCCAGCACGCCGUUGCCACCAAUCCUCGUGUUGCUGCUCCCAAAGACACCCCCAGUUGCCUGGGACUCGGCCACAAGCAUGGGCAGCAAACGGAGAAAGGUGUGAGAGCACGAGAGCAAAGGCGAUGGGAUGGCCAGGAGGUCAGUGGGAAAGGUUUGUUGGGCCACCUUUCUUUGAGAGAGGGGAGUGGCAGAGUUUCGCAGCGCUCUGAAUGAUCCGCCCUGUGCCUGCUGCAGCUUUUGUAGCAGGAAGACUCUUCCGCUCUCCAAGACCAGAAACCAGAGGAGGAAAAAGGAGGGACUUGGUGAAAAGGCGGCUGUGGCACUGAGCUAGGAGCUGUGGCUCAGUCGGCACAGACACCUGCUCUGGGUGCAAAAGGUCCUGGGUUCAGUCCUUGUCAUCUCCAGGAAGGGCUGGGAGAAACCAUGGACAACCAGGGAUGGCAGUUGGUGCAGACCAGAUUGAUCUCAACGAAGCAGUGGUCUGAUUCUGUCGACGGCAGCUUCUGAUGUUCCUAGCUGGGCAGUCAGCCUGAGAGAGCGCAGCCUGAAGCACUGGGGGGCCGUCCAGUCUGGGGUGUGGCUACAGAUCCCCCUCGGUCAGCCUGACUCCCCGAGUUUCCUUCUUGCCGCUCUAGUCCUGGCCGAGGAUUCUGCAGCUUCCUCAUCUCUCGUUUACUCUGGAGCCAGCCGCAAAUAAUAAUAAUAAUUUAUUAUUUGUAUCCCGCCCAUCUGGCUGGGUUUCCCCAGCCACUCUGGGCGGCUUCCAACAAAGAUUAAAAAUAC